AAGUCCGUGGAAGAAAAGGCAAUCCGGUCUCCUCCACGGCGAAAAUUUAUCGUCGUCUCAAACCGUCCCGUCCCGUUUCUUUUCCUCCUCCUCUUGCCUUCCCGAGCCCUCUCUCCCUGACCCGACCCGACCCACCGCCGCGUGCCCUAGGGCUGACGCCUCCACUCCCCAUCCCCGCGCGCAUCGCCGCCGCCAUCGCCGUUCCUCACCGCUGGCUUUCCGGCCGCGAUUCCCGGGCAUUUGAUCUUGCGGCUGGAAAUAUGAAGCGAGAAGGCGUUUGCACGAGAAGCCAGACCAAAAAGCAGAAAGCUUGGACAGCUUGGCGAGGAAAUUCGCUUCUGGACAAUCCGUUUGAAGAGGAAUUUGGCAGCUUAAGUGAUUCUGGCCAAGGUGUCUGGACGGAACUCAGUAAAGAAGUCGCCUCAAACUUAGCGGGCACUGUUGUAUCGCUUGCUUCAUUUGCUGAUGAAAAGACAGUGUUUUUUGCAUGCACGGGCAUAAUUAUCGUAAACAAGCCUACUUUUACAAGUUGUCUGACUUCAUUAAGUUUGGUUAGAUCUAUUGAUGAUGACACCAAGAUCCUUCACGAUAUGACGAUUGAAGUGCGCCUUCCGGAUAAUAAACUUGAACUGGGAUGGUUGGAAUCCUACGAUUUGAAAUACAAUGUUGCGGUUAUCAACAUCGGUCGCUACCAUUCUCUUCAAGUAACAUGUCUAGAUCAUCAGCGGCAAUUUGAGUCUCACAGUAAAGUAGUUGCCGUAGGGCGUUGCUUCAACUCAGGAAAACUAGUGGCCACAGCUGGGAUGUUGACCGACAAUCCACAAGGAGCUUACCGGGAGGAGCUUGCCAUCUCCACAUGUGAAAUUACUAUGACUGGAGUUGGAGGGCCCCUUGUUGAUUUUAAUGGGGACUUCAUCGGGAUGAACUUUUAUGCUGAGAAAGAGACUCCAUUCCUACCAAGGAUUAAAAUUCUUGAACUCCUGUCGCAGUUCAGGAAAACAAUUCAGUGGAUGGCUACAAAUAAGAAAGGACCUGGUAGUAAAAUUGAAAGAUUUCCUAGACCUUGUAAACCUGAUUCAGAAGUCAGCUCAAGGAAGGGAGAGAAACUUAAGGAUCAGAAACCUUCCAUAUGUACUCUCUGUGAUCCAGAAUGUCAACCAGGACUCAUGGAUAGAUUAUUAUUAGAGCGGAAGUCUUUAUGUUCUGGGCGGCCGAGUUAUCCUUAUUUUGGCGUUCCUACAAAAAAGGAGCUGAGGUCCAAUGGUUAUCCCCUCCCAGUUUGGCAGAAUGUGGGCAUGCGUUUGCUUAACAAUUUUGAAGAGAAAUUUAGUGAAGAUAUCUGGAGUAAACUCGAAAGAAACGUUGCUUCAAAUAUGUCUCAAAGUGUUGUUGCAUUGGCUUCAUUCAGUGGACUGUUGCUAGAGACGAUGAUGAUAGCCCAAACAGAUGGCCCGUGCCUAAGUCAUUUUGGUGCUAUCCGAAGUGGCACGAGAUUGAGGAAGAAAUAGAUGUGGAAGAAGAAAUUAUAUAUCAUCGGCAGCGGCAACAAUUCUAACCUGAUGAAGUGCAUCUGGAUGCAUAGUGCCCCUAUCUUGUCCUCAAGCUGCUGAUCCAGUUGAAGCACAAGCCGAUUCUGUCUAGCAAGUAUGAAGUGUUUGUAACUUGCCUAAUCUGAAGCCUGAGAUACUAGCUUACGAACGUACUUAGUCUGAACUAGAGCCGUUAAGAGAUGGGUUGGGGAGACUGUCGUAUUUUUUGGUACCAAGUUUGUUUGCAGCUGUGGUUGUGAUUUUAAGGCACAAGUCUGAUCCCAAAUACUAGGUUGAUGAUUUGCAUAUCCUGGCAAUCGGAUUCUUUUGGAGGCUAAGUUGAGUAGCAGGAGACGGUAGCUCCAUUCUGCUGUGCUCAAACAUGGAUCCAAAUAGGCUUCAUCAGCAUUAACUUUUAAGCACUUUGGUGCAGCUCUUGUUCA